UUACAAAACACCUUUUUUGGCAGGUUUUGGAAUACUUCUCUUUUUUCCCUACCCUCAGAUGCCUCGGGGAAAACAUUUUCUACUUAAAUUGACUCUUACUUUCAGGUGUGCCUUUACAUGCCCUGCCUGCUGCCUGCUCCUAUCAACAGACUCUCAAAUCCCGAAUUGGAGUUAAACAUUUCCUGACAAGAAUGCAAUUUCAACUGACCUUUCUUUUGCACUUUGGGUUGCUCAGUUUUGCAAAAGCUGAAGAUAAAUGCAGCAGGGGUGCCUGUCAUCCCCCGACCGGCAACCUCCUAGUGGGACGCAGCACGCAGCUCACAGCUUCUUCCACCUGUGGGCUGGAUGGAGCCCAGAGAUACUGCAUCCUCAGCUACCUCGAGGGGGAGCAAAAAUGCUUCAUCUGUGACUCCAGAUUUCCAUACGAUCCGCACGCCCAUCCCAACAGCCACACCAUUGAGAAUGUGAUUACAAGUUUUGAACCAAAUAGAGAAAAGAAAUGGUGGCAAUCUGAAAAUGGUCUUGAUCAUGUCAGCAUCAGAUUGGACUUGGAGGCAUUAUUUCAGUUCAGCCACCUUAUUCUGACCUUUAAGACUUUUCGGCCUGCUGCAAUGUUAGUUGAGCGUUCCACAGACCAUGGACACACCUGGAAAGUAUUUAAAUAUUUUGCAAAAGACUGUGCUACUUCCUUUCCCAACAUCACCUCUGGCCAGGCCCAGGGCGUGGGAGACCUUGUUUGUGACUCUAAAUAUUCGGAUAGUGAGCCCUCAACUGGCGGUGAGGUUGUUUUAAAAGCUUUGGAUCCCAGCUUUGAAAUAGAAAACCCCUACAGCCCCUACAUCCAGGACCUAGUUACAUUAACAAACCUGAGGAUAAACUUCACCAAGCUCCACACUCUGGGGGAUACUGUGCUCGGGAGGAGGCACAACGACUCCCUGGAGAAGUACUACUAUGCUCUCCAUGAGAUGGUGGUCCGGGGCAGCUGCUUCUGCAACGGCCAUGCCAGCGAGUGCGGCCCGAUGCCGGCGGUGCCCGGAGAUGUGCUCAGCCCUCCGGGGAUGGUCCAUGGCCGGUGCGUCUGCCAGCACAACACAGAGGGCACCAACUGCGAGCGGUGCCGGGACUUCUUUCAGGAUGCGCCCUGGAGGCCAGGCACGGGCCCGCAGGAUAGCACCUGCAGGGCUUGCAGCUGUAACGGCCACUCGGACCGCUGUCACUUCGACAUGAGCGUGUACCUGGCCAGCGGCGGGGCCAGCGGGGGCGUGUGCGAAGACUGCCAGCACAACACCGAGGGCCAGCACUGCCACCGCUGCAGGCCCCUCUUCUACAGGGACCUCCGCAAGGCCAUCUCGGACCCGUACGCGUGCCUCCCUUGUGAAUGCGACCCAGAUGGGACCAUAUCGGGUGGCAUUUGUGAGAGCCACUCUGAUCCUACCUCGGGAUCUGUGGCUGGCCGGUGCCUGUGUAAGGAGAAUGUGGAAGGAGCCAAGUGCGACCAGUGCAAGCCCAGCCACUACGGACUGAGCGUCACUGACCCUCUGGGCUGUCAGCCCUGCAACUGCAACCCACUGGGGAGUCUGCCGCCAUCGGCCUGUGAUGUGGACACAGGCCAGUGCCUGUGCCGGCCCUCUGCCACCGGCCCACGCUGUGAGGAGUGCGCUGUUGGAUACUGGGGCCUGGGAAGUCAUCUCCAUGGAUGUUCACCCUGUGACUGUGAUAUGGGAGGUGCUUAUUCUAAUGUGUGUUCUCCCAAGGAUGGGCAGUGUGAAUGCCGCCCGCAUGUCACUGGCCGCAGCUGCACUGACCCAGCCCCUGGCUACUUCUUUGCUUCUUUGAAUUACUAUCUGUACGAGGCCGAGGAAGCCACGCUGCUCCAAGGACUGGCCUCUUUGAUAUUAGCCACAGCUUCGCCUACAUGUGAUGUGUAUUUGCAGCAACAAGAAAACUAUUUCAUAAUUGACAAAGGAAAUAUAAUACUGAAGAGAAGUCGGGAACAGAGCGUACAUGCUGACCAGCAGAGCAAGGGCUCAGUGACUUUUGGCCGGGUGCCUGCCGUUCCCGCUGUUUUCCGAGAGCCAGUUCCCGGGAUGCCUGUUACGUGGACAGGGCCUGGAUUUGCCAGGGUUCUCCCCGGGACUGGCUUAAGAUUUACUGUCGACAACAUUCCCUCUCCCAUGGACUUCACCGUGGCCAUUCGCUAUGAAACUCAGUCCUCAGCUGACUGGGCUGUCCAGAUUGUGGUUAACCCCCCUGGAGGCAGCGAGCACUGUACAGGCAAGAUCCCACCGCAGAAGCCUCAGUCUUUCGCCUUACCAGCGACCUCAAGAGUCGUGCUGCUUCCCACACCCAUCUGUUUAGAACCAGAUGUACAAUAUUCCAUAGACGUCUAUUUUUCCCAGCCCGUGGAAGGAGGGUCCCACGCUCAUUCACACAUCCUUGUUGAUUCUCUUGGUCUUCUCCCCCAAAUCGAUGCACCGGAGGUUUUCCACAGCAAGCAGGACUUGGAGGGACACCAGCUGCACUCCUGUGUGGAAAUGGCCUCAGAACCAGGAGCCCAGGUGCUCCCCGGCGCCUGUGAAAGGCUUAUUGUCAGCGUGUCUGCCAGGCUGCACGAUGGGGCAGUGGCCUGCCAGUGUCACCCCCAGGGCUCGGUGGGGCCUGUCUGCAGCCCACUCGGAGGCCAGUGCCCGUGUAAGCCCCAUGUGACCGGGCGGCGCUGUGACAGAUGCUCCGCAGGAAGCUACGGCCUGGGGCAGCACGGCUGUCACUUGUGUCACUGCCACCCUCAAGGCUCAACGAGCACUGUGUGUGACCAAAUCACCGGACAGUGCCCCUGCCGGGAAGAGGUGGCUGGCCGCCACUGUGAUGGGUGCCUGCAGGGCUAUUUUGGAUUUCCCAACUGUCAACCGUGCCUUUGUAAUUCGUUCACUGAGCUUUGUGACCCAGAAACAGGAUUAUGCGUCAAUUGUGGGGGGUUUACAACUGGAAGAAACUGUGAAAGAUGCAUCGAUGGUUACUAUGGAAAUCCUUCUUCAGGACAGCCCUGCCAUCCUUGCCCAUGUCCAGAUGUUCCCUCGAGCAAUCAGUACUUUGCCCAUUCCUGUUACCGGAAUCCUUGGAACUCAGAUGUAAUCUGCAAUUGUGCUCAAGGUUAUACAGGUAAGCAGUGUGAAGAAUGUUCUUCUGGUUUCUAUGGAAAUCCCAGAAUUUCUGGAGCACCUUGCCAGCCAUGUGUCUGCAACAACAACAUUGAUGUUACUGAUCCAGAGGCCUGCAGCCGAGUAACAGGGGAAUGCCUCAAAUGUCUGCACAACACGCAGGGGCCAAACUGCCAGCUUUGCCGACCAGGUUACUUUGGGUCAGCCCUCAAUCAAACCUGCCAAAGAUGCUCCUGUCAUCCUUCUGGCGUGAAUACCUCUGAGUGUCCACCUAACCAGGGAGCUUGCAUUUGUGACCCAGACUCUGGCACAUGCCCGUGUCUGCCCAACGUCACGGGGCGGACCUGUGACCAUUGCGCUGAUGGAUACUGGAAUCUCAUCCCUGGCAGAGGAUGCCAGCCAUGUGACUGUGACUCCCGGACCUCGCAUGGGAGCCACUGUGACCAGGUUACAGGCCAGUGUCCGUGCAAAUUAGGCUACAGUGGGAAACGCUGCAGUGAGUGCCAGGAAAAUUAUUAUAGUGAUCCACUUGGGCGAUGUAUCCCAUGUGACUGCAACAGGGAAGGUACCCAGAAGCCCAUCUGUGACCGGGACACUGGCAUGUGUCACUGCCGGGAAGGUGUCAGCGGCCAGCGGUGUGACCACUGCGCACGGGGUCAUGGCCAGGAAUUCCCUGCUUGUCUUCGGUGUCACUCAUGCUUUGAUCAAUGGGACCACACCAUUUCUUCCCUCUCUAGUGCAGUGCAAGGGUUAAUUAGGCUGGCUGCUAACAUGCAAGAUAAAAGAGAGACCCUGCCUGUCUGUGAGGCUGACUUCAAAGGCCUUGGAGAGAACAUGUCUGAAAUAGAAAGGAUUUUAAAACAUCCUGUUUUCUCAUCUGGGGAAUUCUUAAAAGUCAAGGAUUAUCAUGACUCUGUUCGGAAACAAAUCAUGCAUCUAGGUGAACAACUGAAAACAGUAUAUGAAUUUCAAGACCUGGAGGAAACAAUAGUGAAAAGGAGGAAUGAAUCAGAUUUCUUACUUGAAAAUCUUCAGGGAGAAAUUGAUUUGUACUCCCGUGUCCAUAAUGCAAGCAUUGUGGAUUUCUCAGAGAACAUCAAGAAGUAUUAUCACAGAUCAUCAUCUGCUGAAAAAAGAAUGAGUGAAACUACUUCCAUCAUAAAUAACUCUGAGAAAACUAGGAUUGACUUACUUACCAUCUUAGAUACAUUAACCUCAAAAGAAAACUUGUCAUUGGAAAAAUUAAAACAGAUUAAGAUACCAGAUAUCCAAAUACUGAAGGAAAAGGGGUGUGGAGAGCGAGGGGACCUGCCAUGUGUGCUCUUGUCAUGUGGUGGCCCAAGGUGUCGUGACUCCGGGCCCCUCUCCAGGAAUGCCCUUCAGAAAGCUCAGGAAGCAGAGUCCAUGAUUCAGAAUUGGAGCAGCCAGGCUCCAGGUCUGAAAACUCAGAUAAAAAAUAUAAGUAAACUGGCAGAAGUCUCCAAAAACAAUUCCUUACAGUUAAGUGAGAAACUGUGGAAUAUGAAAAACCAAAGUGAAUCUGAAGAAGAAAACAUGAAUCUUUUAAUAAAAAAACUGAAAAAGUUUCUUUUAGAGGAAAGUGUGCCUCCAGAGGACAUAGAAAAGGUUGCAAAUCGUGUACUUGACAUCCACCUGCCAAUAACAUCACAAAGUAUAACCCAUGAACUUGACAACAUACAGAAACUUUUGCAACUCUCUGAGGACUACAGGACAGAUGAGGACAAGCUAAAUAAAGCAGCAGAUAGAGCCCAGAAGAUUUUGGUGAAGGCAAAAGCAGCUGAAAAAGCAGCACGUGUUCUACAGAAUCCCGACGAAAUGCUGAAUAAGUGGCAACAAGCCGAAAUCACUCAAGGACGGGCAGAUUCUAAUAUCGCACAGCUGACAGCCGAGAUAACAAAAAUAAAAGAGAGCGCGCUGCAGCAGACUGAAAAUAAAGCCCAGGAGACUGAGAAGGAACUGGACUCAGCAAAGCAACGGUCAGCCCUGGAGGACGGACUUUCCCAGCUGCGGGUCAAGUUGCAAAGGAAUCAAGAGCAAGCCGUCCACGUGGGAGCUCAGGCGGAGUCGGCCCAGCGCCAGGCCGGGGGCCUCGAGGAGGAGUUUGUGGAGCUGAGAAAUCAAUACACUGUUCUUCAACACAAGACCAGCAUGGCAGGACUGGCGAAGGAAACCUUAGGAAAAGUGGAGCAGCUAAAAGAUGCAGCGGCAAAACUGGCUGGAGAUACGGAGGACAAGAUAAAAAGGAUAGCAGAUUUAGAAAAGAAGAUUCAAGAUUUGAAUCUAAGUAGACAAAAAAAAGCUGAUCAACUGAAACAGUUGGAGGAUCACGUCAUUGCCAUUAAAAAUGAAAUUGUUGAGCAAGAAAGUAAAUAUUUAAGCUGCUAGUGUUAGGCCGAGCUGAAACGCAACAGCCAGUGCCUUUGUUUCUGGUUCCUGAGGAGCUGUGCUGAACUUGGGAGCACAGAUGAUCAGCCUCUUCGACUCCCUACUCCCGUGCAGGAGCCCUCCCCUUGCAGCAGCUCAGCUCAGCAUGCUGGGGAGUGACCGUGGGCCCCGGAAACGCCUCUUCGUGUGGAACAGAAGGGAGAAGUAAAGAGGUUGUCUCUGCUUUCAGAAACCUUUCCUCUUGCCUUUCCUAACUUAAAAAAAUAAUUAGUUACAUAGGGCAAGUACAAGUCAAAAUAAGAUUCUAUUUACUAAUACUAACCAUUAAAGUGUCCAGGCGAGGGGUAGUGGAGAAUGGGGAGUUACUAACCAACUGGCCUAAAGUUUCAGUUAAGCCAGAUGAAUAAGUUUCCAGAGAUCUGCUGUACAGUAUAUGUGUAGCUAACAAUAAUAUUCACUUAAAGAUGUAUUGAGAGAGUGGAUCUCAUAUUAAAUGCUCUUACUAUGCAACAAUAAAAUAAAAAUAAAUGUAAACAAAUUAAAUGAAAAUCAAUUAUAUAUUGAAUACUAGAAUGGAGUGAAUAUGGGUGGUAUAUUCUAGUGUUUCUGCAUUUUAUUUGGUUUUGCUUUAUCUGUAAAACCAUUGUUCUCUUCUGAAUAAAGUGCAUGUAACUCAAAAUGUGACUUGUUUUUUUACACCCCUUUUCCUACAUAUUUAUUCUCUCAGCCAAAGGAUUUUCUUUUCUCCAAAUGACACUGGAAUAGUAUUCAAAAACUACUUGUCAUCAUUUGUCUGCAAGCAUUUCUGCUGACAAUCUGCCAGCUUGGAAGAUCGAAGAAUGUAAGUGGCCCCAAGAAACCGGGGAAAAAGAAGAAAACGGAUUCUCUCUCACUGCUUCCGGAAAGGAACAUAGCCAUGCGACACCUUCAUACCUUGAUUUUAGCCCAGUGAGAGCUGAAUUAGACUUCUAACCUACAGAACAGGAAGAUGAAGUUGUGUUGUUUUAAGCCAUUGUAUUUGUCAUAAUUGGAUUCAGCUAUAAAAGGAACCUAAU